GAUUGCCUAAGGAAGUUUUUCCUCGUAAAACCCAGACGAGCUCUGAAUAGAUAUUUCAGUUUAUCUUUGUACUUAACGCUCUGUUUUCGCCCUACGAAUUGUUCUCACUCCGUGGACCCAUACGGCUGAGAAUGUCUAUGAACGCUGAUUUAAAAGCAUUUGAUGUUGCUACGCCGGUUAUAAUUUUGGCAGGCAUGACUGGAAAUUUCAUUGUCUGUUGCCUCAUUAUUACAAACAAAAAACUGAGGACUUCAUUUAACUAUCUUCUUCUCAAUUUAGCCAUAUCUGACUUGUCAUGCUUACUGUUUGCGUCUCUUUUCUACGCGGGGAAAAUUCGAAAUCUUUACUUCAGCGACGGAAAUCUUCUACGACCCGACUUCGAGGGCAUUGCUUGCAAAGUAACUAUUGUAAGCAUCGACCUCACCACGAAAAUUUCUGUUUUUACUCUAGCUGCUAUCUCAACGGACAGAUUUUAUGCAAUAGUUUAUCCAUGGAAGCACAGAAAAGCUUCGAUAACGACGAAGAUACGAAUCCUGCUUCUCGUUAUUUGGUUGGUGGCGGUGAUAUGUUGUCUACCGAUGAUGGUGAUCAUGGCAAAAAUUCCGAAUAGAUUCGAAGGAGAAUCGAUAGCGCCGCUUUGCCUUAAAUUUCUUGUGGAUACCGACAAAUUUAAAGUCAUCGCUUUUAUUGAUCUCAUCGCUGCUUACAUUAUACCGAUGGCGAUUAUUUUGCGGACUUCAGUGGCAGUUAUCAAACAUCUAUGGUGCCAUUGCUGGCGUCGAACGCGUCGCGAAGAAGGCAAAUUAUUGGUUAACUCGCGCAAGCGAAUUACAAAAAUUGUCUUUAGUGUUAUUGUUGCUUUUAACAUAUUUUGGUUACCAUGGGCGGUUCUGCAAGGUUCUCUUUUAAUCGGUGUUGUUCACGAAAUUAACGGCAGAAUGUUCCUUAUCAUGUUUAGUUUGGUUUUAAUCAGCGCCAGUGUAAAUCCAAUUCUGUAUUCGAUUCAAAGUCGAUUGUUUCGAAAAGGGGUUAUUAAAAUGCUUCGCUGUAAAUCAAUUUGAACAUUCGGGGGAAAUCUUUGAAUGAACGUUAAAGAAACAGGAUAUUUUUUCGUUAUUCAAGAUUUUACUGUAUGAUAAAUUUUUUUGUCAAUAUCAAGAAAUAUCAACAUUCAGAUUUAGACUUGUGCAAAAGAUCACAGCUGUCGUUAAGGAUUAACGUG